AUGGAAGAGAGACCCCCACCUCCAGUGCUUCCCAAAAACCAACGUGGACUCAAUGCCGAACUCAAACAAGAGAAGAAAGAUAGGAAGAGACAACCUGAGAAUGCAGAGGGAGAUCAGUACUGCAUGAAAAUCCACAAGCGGAAGUUGAAAAAUGGGCAGAUGAAGUUUACGUAUGCAAUUGCCAGGAAGGAUACAAAUCAGCAGAUAGUGCAACUCACUCAAAAUGCCAAAGCAGAUGCAGACGUCGUGAUCGAUGCCAUGGUCAAAGAUCUCAAUGCUGGAAGCAUCACAGCUGAUGCAGAGACUUCUUCCGGUGGCAGCUGCCGCUUCAUCGAAUUCUUUGCUGGUGUCAGUGUUAUAGCACAACAGUUUGCAUUGCACGGACAUGGAGCAUGGGCUUUCGACACAGAUCGCUCACCCAGUCAUGACUUGAACAGUGAGCUGGGCAUCCUGAUGAGUUUGUUGUGCAUCCUGGCUUUACCUUUGGGCAGCGCAGCACAUUUCGCAGUUGUAUGCAAAUCCUAUUGCUGGAUCAACAAGGGCACUCACCAGAGAGGUACUUUGAUGGGUCUGGAGAGCGCCGUGUCAAAGGUGGAGAAGGGCUUCAAGCAACCCAGGUUGAAGCGGAAACAGCAGCUGUUGCUUCCCAGCAGUCAGUUCCAGGGUAUGACAGAUAUAAAAGAGGAACUCCUGACCCAGAUGGACUUGCCAGAGGGGACCUUUGGAGUGGCGCAGGUGAACCUAGGACUGGAAUGUGCUAGGGUCGGUGAACCUAGGGGUGCAGAUUCGUUGAAGAUGUCUUUAGACACGGCAGCAACCUGUGGUGGACUUGAUACUCAGGACAUGUCAGACACCACAUUGCGUGAAGCUGCAGCUUUGCUUUUGAAGAGUCAGGGUGAGCGUGAGCAGGAAAUUGUCAAUGAACAGUGGAGGCAAAUUCUAACAAGGGAGAAACAGCAAACCUUGGCACCAGCAGACCUUCGCAGCUCUGCCCCAGAAGCCACGAAAGUUCACCAACUUAUACAAGACCAGCUGCAAAUGGAGAGAUUGAUGAACGAAAAGAAACAAGCUCUUGAGGAGGCAAAGGAGCAAUUGAGGUUGCAGGAGGAGGCUGAGAAAAGGUUGGCUACAAAGACAACUUUGGAAGAGCAGAAGCAAUCUGAGGAGAUGAAGGCAAAGGAGCAGCAGCGAUUGCAGGAGGAGAACAAAAGGUUAGCUGCACAGAAGGCUUUGGAGGAGCAGAAGCUAGCUGAGGAGAUGAAGGCAAAGGAGCAGCAGCGGCUGCAGGAGGAGGCGGCGGCUAGAUUGGCUGCUCAGAAGGCUUUGGAGGAGAAGAGGCUAGCUGAGGAGAUGCAGGCACAGGAGCAGGAGCGGUUGCAGGAGGAGAACAGAAGGCUAGCUGCACAGAAGGCUUUGGAGGAGCAGAAGCUAGCUGAGGAGAUGAAGGCAAAGGAGCAGGAGCUGUUGCACGAGGCGAACAGAAGGUUAGCUGCACAGAAGGCUUUGGAGGAGCAGAAGCUAGCUGAGGAGAUGAAGGCAAAGGAGCAGCAGCGGCUGCAGGAGGAGGCGACUAGAUUGGCUGCUCAGAAGGCUUUGGAGGAGAAGAGGCUACUUGAGGACCAGCAGCGUUUGCAGGAGGAGGCCACUAGAUUGGCUGCUCAGAAGGCUUUGGAGGAGAAGAGGCUACUUGAGGAUAUGCAGGCAAAGGAGCAGCAACGGUUGCAGGAGGAGGCCACUAGAUUGGCUGCCCAGAAGGCUUUGGAGGAGACGAGGCGAGCUGAGCAGAUGAAGGCAAAGGAGCAGCAACGGUUGCAGGAAGAGGCCAUUAGAUUGGCUGCUCAGAAGGCUUGGGAGGAUCAGAAGCUACUUGAGGAGACAAAGGCAAAGGAGCAGCAGCGGUUGCAGGAGGAGGCCACUAGAUUGGCUGCUCAGAAGGCUUUGGAGGAGAAGAGGCUACUUGAGGAUAUGAAGGCAAAGGAGCAGCAGCGGUUGCAGGAGGAGGCCACUAGAUUGGCUGCUCAGAAGGCUUUGGAGGAGAAGAGGCUACUUGAGGAUAUGAGGGCAAAGGAGCAGCAGAGGUUGCAGGAGGAGGCCACUAGAUUGGCUGCUGAGAAGGCUUUGGAGGAGAAGAUGCUACGUGAGGAGCAGCAACGGUUGCAGGAGGAGGCCGAUCGAUUGGCUGCCGACAAGGCUUUGGAGGAGCAAAGGCUUCAUGAGGAGAUGAGAAGGUUGGAGGAGCAGAAGCGUGCUCUUCUCGCUGAAGGAGAGAAACUGCAUGAGGACCAGAAAAUGGUGAAGGCUUUGGAAGCAUCUUGUAAAGCAGGAGCUACCAAGAAGGUUACUGCGUUGACAGUAACUUGGCCAUAUGACAAUUGCAUGCAGGCAGAUGCCUUGCAGCAGCUUUCAGCAAAUCAGGGUGAUGAUAAGCCGAAGAGCAGACGGGCAUGCUACAAUGCAUUGGUCCGGUUGAAGGAAAACCCUGCGCGAAUGAAGGCUUUGCCAAAUGAUCUUCGCAAAAGACUUUUGGAGGAGGACGGCCUCUCAAAAGUACCUUCUGAUCUGGUCAACUUGAUGAUGGACGUGGGGGGUGACCUAUCGCAGCUCUCGAUGCGGUUCAAUACAACUGCGGCGCGCAUCACUGAUGUUUCAGACCGUCAGGGCAUGCGAUUGCACACAGAAACCGAGAUCUUGAAGAUGUACAACGAGGAGGAUGCAAAGAUCGUGAUGCAAAACAAAAAGAAGGAAGGUCUGACUACCAAGGAUCCGAACCACCCAGACAAGCUCUGCUACUGGAUGUACAGUGCUGAGAAGGAGGUUAACAACACCAAUCGGAACAGCAAUGCAGUGGAGAUGUCGGCAGAUGUGGACACAGACAACAGGGAUCUUGUGAACAACUUGAUGUCUGAGACCCAGGUCGACCCAGAUGACUCGAAGCCAAAUAAGCGUCCUGGCAAAGCCAGCAAAGGGGCAGCCAAGGAUGUUGCCAUGCUCACACCAUUGGAACGUGGAAAGGACUUGGAGCAGAAGGUGAUCAAGCUGAAGGGGGAAUGUGGGAAUCUCCAGUGUCAAAUGCAAACAUUGGAGUUUGGAGCUGGGCUGGCGAAGGAGCUUGGGAAGUUGGAGAAGGAAUUUGAGUGUUGUAAGGAGCUCGAGGCACCAAAGCAAGCGGCCCAAAGCAUGGCCAGAGGCAUUAAGGGCAAAAGGGAUCCAGCGGACUUUGACAGCGUGGGUUGCUCCCUAUUGGCCGAAGCAGUGGGUGCAGGUGCAUUGUCAGUCAAACAGUGUUCUGGCAUUGCUGCUGGCUUUAAGAGCGAUGGGGUGCGUGGCCAUGCAAUCAAACAAUUUGCAAAACGCCCUGCUGAACGUGAUAUGUUCAGGAUCCCAUUGUUAACAACAGUUGGCUUGGACAAGAAGGAAGUCUUGCAAGAUGUGGGAUUUCUUUUGCCUUCUGACAUCAUUGAUUUCGUCAUGAGGCAGGACAAGUCCGUGGCAAACAGUUCUUUUUUCUCCGAGGGUGCAGCAGAAGUAUUGAAAUUCUGGUUGAAUGAGGAUCCUGACCACAUAGAUCGAUUGCGAUUGCAAGAGGAAGAGUUCGCAUUGACCUUACCUAUAUGCUGGCACGAAGAUGCAGUUCCGCAUUUCCAAAACGACACAGUGGUUGGAAAGGCAAAUUUUGUUUCUGGAACGGAGACGCCGAAGCCCGAUGGCAUGCGCAUGACACUGGGCAUGCGUACCCUGUGCAAGCUUAUGCAUCUACCUCCAGAAGCUUCCCCUGAUCUAGUUCUCCUCCGGACUACACUAGCAGCUCAGAAGUGGGCCAAUGAGAGAAAGUUGGACUUGAGCAUCAAACCGUUGACACUGGCUUCCCUGAAUUUGAGUGAGGGCUGCAAAUAUCCCGAGCUGGAUUCACAGAUCAAGGCUGCCAGAACGCGAGAGGAACUCCUGGAUGAGACUGUGGACCCCGAAGCAAUGUUUCAUGCCCAAGUCCGGGCAAGCAUGUGCUUUUCCUUGAGCAACAUGCUGUCCAUUUGGAGCAAAGGCAAGCGCCCAUUCAUGGGACAACAAUCCCAAGACUCAAGCCGCUACCUGGGAAACUUGUUUUUUGCCUGCUACACAUGGUUGGCAGGGGAAGCGCUUCAGAACAGAGAACUUUUGUGGAAACUACGCCCGAAACAUCACUAUUUCGUGCACCUCGUGGACAAUGCAGUGCAGACUGGCUUAAAUCCGAUGCAUAUGAGCAACUUCUUGGACGAGGUUGUCCCCGUGCAAUUUUAG